UGUCUAUCAAUGAAGUAGUAAAGGGGGGGGACAUCUGUGGUGGAGGAGAAGGAAAGGGAGGUUUUACAGAAACCUUUGUGAGAGUGUUUGCUUUGGUGGCGUUCCCUGCCUUUACUUACUGAAUUCCUGGGUGACCAGUAACACAUAAGAGGUCAGAAAUGAAGUUCAUAAUUGGCAUCGGAGGAGUGACCAACGGUGGGAAGACCACUUUGACAAAUAGACUCCUAAAGACAUUACCUAACUGUUGUGUGGUGCAUCAGGAUGACUUUUUUAAGAAACCCGAUCAAAUACAAGUCGGGGAGGACGGCUUUAGACAGUGGGAUGUGAUCAGCGCUUUGGACAUGGAAGCAAUGGUUAACACUGUGAAAGGCUGGCAAGAAAAUCCUGUCAAGUUUGCACGUUCUCACGGAGUCAGUUUGUCACCUGAAGCUGAGAAAUCCGACUCCGAGCAGAAAGGGAUCCAUAUUCUUAUCAUUGAGGGAUUCCUCAUCUACAACUAUAAGCCUCUGAUUGACGUCUAUGACAAAUGUUUUUACAUUUCCAUUCCCUAUGAGGAAUGUAAACGGAGGAGAAGUACAAGAACUUACACCGUCCCAGACCCCCCUGGUCUGUUCGACGGCCACGUCUGGCCCAUGUACCUGAAGCACCGGAAAGAGAUGGACAACAACUGCAGCAGAAUAGAAUACCUUGAUGGAACAACAACAAAGGAGGAUAUCUACAACGCAGUGUAUGAAAGCGUUCAAAACUCCCUGUUGAAUAGCUUAUAGCAGGACAGGCCAACACCGGGUUGUGUAUAGACUUGUAAAUAUCAUUUUGAGGAAAUGUGUAACACCAGUUCUGUACUUCUAGUCUGAUUUGUAAAUAGACACCAGUGUAACUCGUUAUGUAUGAACAGCAAAAUAAGUGUUUUGUAUUAUCCUGUGUAACUUUUUUUUUCUAACCGAUGAGUCACCUCUGAACUACCCAGUGUUUAACACCUGUAACUGACGUGAAAGUAAAACCUGUUACUAGAAACAACUCACAGAAAUGAA